AUAUUUGGAACUAUAUACAUAUAUUGAACUGCUGUCAAAAAUUUCAGUACACAUAACUGAAUCCUUUAAGCUUAUUUCUAAGCUACAAAUCCUGAAAAAUGCAGAUUUAACAUGUAGAAACGUAAACUUUCCUUCACCGGAUACAAUUGAAUGAUAUGUAAUAGUUGAUACGACGUAAUCUUUUAUGAAAAAUAAAAAAAAAUACCACGCAAUUUUUCCAUUCUCAACUUAAUUUUUAAGAAAGUUGAGUUUGGAAAGCCGCUUCGUAUAUUUACUGUUACAACUGACAGAGUAGGAAUAGGCACAAAAAUGCGUUGCACUGACAAAUGUAUGAUACAUUUUUAACACCUGUCAACUUCGUAUUAAAAUUUAGGACACUUAUAAUGUUUGUAAAAAGUUGCGCUAAUUUGUAAAGAAUGAAGCGUAGAAAAGAAACAUAUACAGUUUCUUAAUUUCCUUUCAUUUUUCUAGCUAUGGCCACUCUGAAUGUUUCAAAUUUUAUUAUAAAUAGUGAAAAUUUAUCUUCUGGAUCCAUUUCUCCAAGUUUAUCUGUAUAUUUAAAGCAAAAGUUACUUCAUAGGCGGUCAAUGAAUAAUCUACUUCUAACUUCGCCAACAAAUUCCAUGCGACAUUCGAGUCCAGAAUCUGUAAAGAGUGCACCAGUUCAAUUUAAAUCACGAUCUACAUCUCAUGAUACGUUAUUUAAGAAUAAAGAGUGCCAUGAAUUUCAAACAAAUAGAGCAUCUAUGGAUAGUUUAGCCAAACAAGCAUUGUUAGCUGUUCAAGUUCUUAAUUUAAUCCCUACACAGAAAGCACGAGAAAGAAAUUUUCUACAUGGAAGAAUCGCUGCAAAUUCAUUGCUUGGGCCAGUAGAACUUGAGAAAGUAUUACCAAAUCGUGAAUUAAAAAUUUUUAUUGGAACAUGGAACAUGAAUGGACAGAGUCCACCAAAAGAAUUGAAUGACUUUAUGUUACCUUCAGAUAUUGAAACUGUGCCCGACUUGUUAGCAAUUGGAACACAAGAAUCAUGUUCUGAACGAAAUGAAUGGGAAGCAGCUUUACAAGAGACUCUGGGCCCUUCUCAUGUAUUACUUUCUAGUACUAGUUUAGGAACAUUACACCUUGCGCUCUUUUUAAGGAGAGAUUUAAUUUGGUUUUGUUCUAUUGCUGAAGACGCCAGUUUUUCAACCAGGACAGGUACUGCUUUUAGGACAAAGGGUGCAGUAGCUAUAGCUUUAAUGUUAUUUGGUACAAGUUUCCUCUUUGUUACUGCACAUUUAACUGCACAUCAAGAUAAAGUUAAGGAACGAAUACAUGAUAUUAAAAGGAUAGUUAGAAAUCUUGAUCUUCCUAAAGAUUUGCCUACAAAACAUAAAAGUAAAGAUGUAACUCAAAAUUUUGAUUGUGUAUUUUGGUGUGGUGAUUUAAAUUUUCGUUUGACUCAGCCACGAGAAGAGGUUAUUCAGUGGGUGGCGGAUACGUGCUUUCCUCAACAAUCACCUAUAAAUUUACAUAAAGACCAAUUACGAACAAUUCUUAAUGAAGGAGCUGUUUUACGUGGUUUUGAAGAAGCGCCAAUUACAUUUCCUCCUACUUAUAAAUAUGAUCCUGGAACACAAAUUUUUGAUUCGAGUAGCAAACAGCGCACACCUGCAUACACUGACAGAAUUCUCUUUAAAGGAAAAGGACACACAAAAGCAUACAUUCGAAGAGUUAGUCAUGAAAGUUCUUCUUCGUAUAAAGAUGGAAUUAUAGAAUGUUUAGUCUAUGACUCUGUUCCAAGUAUUUGUACAUCAGAUCACAAACCUGUAUGGGGUGUUUUCAAAACUACUGUUAGACCUGGUAUUGAUACAAUUCCUCUCAGCGGGGGUUUAUUUAAUCGCGAAGUGUAUUUAGAAGGUAUAAAGCGACGAGCAGCCGCUAUGGAUGAGACUCAUGGCACUUCUAAAGUAUGUUCAAUCCAGUAGAACUAGGUGAUUCUACGUGAAAAAGUAAACACAGAAUUGUCCAAAGUUUCAUUUUCGAGAAAUUUUUUUUUUAAAACUUAUGGAAUACAUAUACGAUUAAAUUUAAGUAGGCUGUCCUAGCUGACGGAUUUACGCACAGAUAGCAAAAGCGAUCUCCUCGAGCUACAAAAAACAGGAGCCUGCACACGACAAUAUAAAUUUAUGUUAUGUAAUAAAUUUAAUGAUAUGCCUAUUGCCUAAGGUAUAACUUUUAUUUCUAUAUUUGUGACUAUAACUAAGCUUAGGCAGUAUAUCCUCUGAUUUAUUGUGCAGUUUAGAUUUGUGAAGAUUAAAUCCAACAGUAGUUGUUACGCCAUUUCAUUAUUGAUUCUUUUUAGAGUUUGUAAACAUUGUCAGUGAUAUAGUUGGAAUAAUAUAACCAGUUGUUGUGGAUUAUUGUUCUUUUUUUAUUGUAUUGCAGUUACUGUUAAAAACAUCGCAACUGUUGUUACAUACAUAACUCCACUCGAUGAGUUAAAAAAAAAAUACUAAAUUUUAAUGUAUAUUCGCUUUAAAAUUUUUCAAGUUCUUGCACAAUUUUUUGUUCAAGUUGCACAAUAUUUUCAUCAGCCACGUUGUAUACAUACUGCCUAAUAUGUCCAUAUACGUUAUUAUCAGGGCAAUGUUAGGAGCCAUUAAUUAUGAGUGGUCUGUAGGACAAUUUAUGAUGAAAUCUGGUUAAGCAUCUGGAUUUUAGUCUGGUUAAACGUCUGUCGUUAUCCUCAUUGGUUUAACACAAUGAGCUCCGAAAUUUCGAACAUUUAAUACGUUUGCUUUUACAACUAUAGGCAUGAGAUCGUUUUCUCGUGACGAGCAUAUCGAUAUCUCAGUUACAUUCGGCUCUUAGUCUGUUCGAAUUUUUAGAUUCAUGUACUUCUCUGUAGAUGAUUAUCUAGAUAAGGUCCUGAACUGCAAAUACUUAACCGAACAGGAAUAGUUCUAAUCUACAGAAUUUGUAACAGAUCUAAUAAAAUACGGCAAUACUACAGAUAAUUUUGACAAUAAUAACUUGAAAAACUAAAACGCGGAGAUACAUUAGAACCUUGUAAUUAUUUUGUAGUUGGAACAGAUUUAUAUCAGUAAUAAUGGUAGUUACAUUGGCUAUAGUACAUGUAAUAUGAUAAAAACGAAACAAUAAUCUGUAAAAAUCUAUUGUAUUAUUUGAAUCAUAUUACUAUUAAUUUUGGAAACUCCGUAUUAACAAAAACGAAGCAACAAUGCUAUGAUAUAACAACCAGGUCAUAUACGUACAUAUUAUUUAUUUAUUUCUCUUCGUAGAAUCAUCUUCUUUCCUGUUAUGUUACGCUUUUCGUCCCAGUCUGUUUAAUUUUUAAUUGGUUCUGACUGUUUUAUAUAAAUAACAAACAAAUUUUUUCUAGUACAGUUUAUAAAGUAUGUUAAUGCACAAUGUGUACUUUUAACAACUACUCAAAAUAAAAGCAUAAGUAAGCUUUUAAUUAUUGUAACAGAUGUAAUACCAAAUAUCGUAGACAUAUGUAUUAUUUAUAAUUAAA